AUGGCCACUUCUCCAUCAACUUCUGCAAACCCCCUCAACAUCCUCAUAGUAGGUGCAGGCGUGGCUGGGCCUACUCUUGCUCUCCUCCUACAACGCUCCAAUCCCUCGCACCACAUCACCGUCAUAGAGCGUUGGGAGUCGCUCUGCACCGGUGGCCAGCAGAUUGACCUCAAAGACCAAGGCGUCCCCAUCAUGCAACGCCUUGGACUCACCGACGAGCUGCGUGACCUCUGUGUGCAAGAAGACGGCAUGGAGCUAGUCGACUCCAAAGGCAACAGUCUCAUUCGAACAGGCAUCCGAAAAGCCGGCGCCCAGCAAAAAGCCUUCCAAAUCACAAACGAAUUCGAGUUUAUGCGCGGCGACUUUGUCCACAUGAUGUACAAGAACAGUGUGAAAGAGCGGGAAACCCUGGAUUCAAACGGCCCUAAAAGGGGCAGCUUGACGUACCUGUUUGGCACGAGCAUCACGGCACUCACGCAAAACACAAGUACAUCUGCUACCGUGACGCUGUCGUCCGGCCAGACACACACAUACGACCUUGUCGUCGCAGCAGACGGCCAGGGCUCGCGCACGCGGCGCCUCGCCUUUGGCGAAGCAACCAGCCGCCAGGCCUUCACCUCACUCAACAUCAACGCCGCCUUCUUCGACGUGCCCCGGGUCCCCCGCGAAACCAGCCUCGCGCGCAUCUACAUCGGGCCUGAGAACCGCAUGGUUCUAACCCGCACGGGCAACAGACCCGCAACCCAAGUCUUCCGGUUCCAACUGAAAAACGCCGCCCGAACCCCUUUACUCAAGGCCUCACAUAAACUCUCUAUCCCGGAGCAGAAGGCUGCAUGGACCCAAGCCUACGCCAACGCUGGCAGCGAGUCCAAACGCUACACAGCUGGUCUCGCGCAUGCAAACGACUUUUACGCCACGGAAAUCGCGCAGGUCAAGAUGCCGCACAACACGCUGUAUACGGGCCGCGUGGUGCUGCUGGGCGACGCAGGAUACUGUCCCUCGUCGUUCACGGGCAAAGGCACCACGCUCGCGCUCAUCGGCGCCUACGUCCUCGCAGACGAGUUAUCGCGGCGCCCCAACGACAUCAAUGCCGCGCUCAGUGCGUACGAAGAGACAAUCCGCGAGCCUGUCGACGAAGCGCAGAAAUUACCCACUUGGCUUAACGGUGGCGCCGCGCUGUUCCCGCAGUCGACACUGGGUCUCUGCAUCUUGUAUCAGCUGCUCUGGUUGGUUUCCGCGCUCAACUUGCAGGGCCUGGUUGGUGCGCUCGCGGGGUUUCUGCCUUCGACCCAGCUGCAUAGGUGGGUGGUGCCUGAGUAUCCCAGUCUGAAUGUCAAGGCGCCGGAGGGCAAGUAG